AACAAACAUUAGCAGCUAGCAGUUAUCCAACACCACUCAUCAAUGGCUGCUCUCAACUUCUGCUGUUGUUCCCCUCUUCCAAACCUCACCACCGCCACCACAUCUUUGUCUCACCACCAAAAUUCCCACUCCCUCACCGCUUCCCCUCCCCUUGCCAGCUGCAGCCCGCCGCAGGGCACUCAAUUUCGGAGCAAUCUAUCUUCCAUAUGUGAUUCAUUCUCUAAAGUUAGUGUCCUUGCACUAGUUUCCGCUUCACUUGUUUUUGCUUCCAACCCUGCCCUCGCAUUUAAGGGGGGAGGUCCUUAUGGCGCUGAAGUGACAAGGGGGCAGGAUCUAACUGGGAAAGAUUUUAGUGGCAAGACAUUGAUCAAGCAAGAUUUUAAGACGUCAAUACUAAGGCAAGCAAACUUUAAAGGAGCUAAAUUACUGGGGGCCAGCUUCUUUGAUGCUGAUUUAACAGGAGCUGAUCUUUCUGGUGCUGAUCUUCGAGGAGCAGAUUUCUCCUUGGCUAAUGUAACAAAGGUAAAUUUGAGCAAUGCCAACCUCGAAGGAGCACUUACCACGGGCAAUACCUCUUUCAAGGGUUCCAUCAUAACUGGUGCAGACUUCACGGAUGUGCCAUUGAGAGACGACCAACGGGAAUUACUAUGCAAAGUUGCGGACGGGACUAACCCGGUAACAGGUAACGAAACCAGAGAGACAUUGCUUUGCAAGUAGCACAUCAUUUUGGAGGUGCACGGGCAACAAAAUUGUUUUGUGAUUAACUUUAGAAAACAUCAUCUCCUUCUCCAACAGCAUUUGUUUAUGAAUGAAUACCUCCUAAAAUAGCCUUGUGUUGCAGGGGGUUGUGAUCAAUUGCUAACUUUCUCAACUUGCUAACUUACUAACUCAUCAACGCAGUUUAUAAAAAUAUCAACAUGAUGACAUUAAAAUGUCAACACAUCAUUUUGUUGAAUUUCAAUAUAAUGAGUUGAUAUUAUGUGUCGACAUUUUAAUGUCAUUGUGUUAACAUUUUUAAUACACUGCAUUGAUGAGUUAGUAACUUAAAUAGUUAGCAAUAUAACUCACCCGUUUGUACGGAGUAUUGUAUGUACGGAGAAUUUCAGUUUGCUAUCUUAAGUUUUUAUUGCCUUGUGAGACUCA